CACGGCACUGUUAGUUCAUUACAAAUCACCGAAGUCAACAGCUAAAAGUGCUAGAUAUUUCACCAAGAACAAUUUUAACAAAGUUUUUAUCGUGUGUCUUAACAAAAAAACAGUGAAAAUGCCUCUAGUUCCAAUUUUGUUCCGCGACUGGAUGGAUGACUGCUGGGACAGUCCGCUUCGCACUUCACGUGGUAUCACCGCAGAUGAUGUAUUAACGGCCCUAGCCACGGCAGCUGUAGCACAAUCAGCCGCACAAAAUCAACGGCGAAACCACUAUAGGAGAACGUGGCGCAAUUCCGGCCAAAUCGCACGUCAGGAUUCCGGUUCUACGGUCAACGUUGCAGACGACAAACUCCAAAUAAAUCUGGAUGUUCAGCAGUUUGCACCGGAAGAGAUUUCGGUUAAGGCUACAGACAACAGCAUUAUCGUCGAAGGAAAACAUGAGGAGAAACAAGACGAACAUGGAUACAUUUCAAGGCAUUUCGUUCGGCGUUACAUGCUUCCGGAAGGACACGAUGCCAACCAGGUUGUUUCGUCGCUUUCAUCGGAUGGCAUACUGACGGUAUCUGCUCCGAAGAAGGCAUUGCCGGAACCAGAAGGCCCUAGAACAAUUCAAAUAGUUCAAACUGGGCAACCGGUGAAAAGACUGACUGAGAAAUCAGAAGGACAAGUGAACGGUAAUGCAGAAGAAGGUACUAAAUGAAUUGUCGAUUAAAACUGGAGAAUUGUUUUAAGUUUAAUAUAUGUUAUGCGAUUCGUUA